CCACCUUCUCCUCCGAUGUCCAAAGGCGGAUCGAAGAUCGACGAGGGCCAGAGGAUUCAUUCACGAAUUAGUUGUUAUAUUCGUUUGUUGAUCGUGUCGUGGUUUGGUGUUCCGCUUUGCUGAUACAGUUCUGCAAGGGCCGAGUUGGCGAAACAUGGUGCAAACUGAGCCUCCAAACCUCUCAGAAACCGCCGCAAUUUCAUUCCCUCCGCACCGCCGGCGGCCACUUGUUAGCCGCACUUAUCGGACUCUUAUUGGAAUACUUUUUCACUGCCAUUCCGUUCCUCUUCAGCAGCAAACGCAAGUUGAUAGUGGCCAUACGGAAUCAAGACCAGUGUCUGAAGAAAAUCUAUCAAUCAAUGAUGAUAAAGUGAUUUUCACUGAUUUAUUAGGUCCACCUGCCCAUGGCACAGAUUCAAGGAAUGAAUUAGUUCAAGAAAUUUCUACUGGCGAACACAAAGAUAACUUUGGUCUUCAAGAAGUUAAUUGUGAUGAACAUACAGUAGGAUCAAAUUUGGAUCACAUUAACCUAAAACACGAUGGGAAGCAGGACAUAGCUCCAUCAAGUACAAGCAGGGCUGUGGAUCUUUUAACAGAUGGGAACCAAAGAGGAGAUUGUGCUAUUCGAAGUGACAAGGAGCAAACUAUUGCAAACAGCAUGAUUGACAUUCAGAUGGGGGACUUGGGUGCAUUGGAGCAGCUUGAAGUGGACAAAGAUUUUUCUGUUAGUGAUUUUUCUGAAAUUUUCGACUCUUGCUUUGACAUGGAUAUGGUUGUUCACAGAUCAGAUACUGUGUCGGGGAAUCAGGAGAAUGGUAUGGUUUUAGAGGAGGGCACACAUAAGAAGUCUGUGCUUGAAUUGCAACUAAAGCAGAUGGAACUGGAGAAGCUCAUUUACAACUCAGGAGUGGUGGAGCUAACUUCUUGUCCAAAUACAAAUGGUGAAAUGGAAGAGGGAGAAAUCUCCGAUGACUUCAUGGCUAUUGAUGCAUCAUUUGAUACGUUAUCUGAAGAUGUUGUAUUAAUGCAAGGAAAAACUGUUGAAAUGGAGACCGCUUCACAGGCAGUUCCCGGUAAAGAAGAAUUCAUUUGUGAUGCUGAAGUUCGUGAGGAUAUGCAGCAUGAAAUGGCUGUUGCAUCACUAGAUGGAUUAGUGAAUAGAGACAAUAAUUGUACAAGGAUGGAAAGCAGAACAGCUGCUGCACAUGUACAAGGUAGUUCUGAAAACAAUGUUGUUUCUGAUGGGGAAGCAGGGACUCGAAGCAGCGGCCCUAGAGUUCCUUGUGUGAAAAAUGGAACUCCAAGUGACAUAAUUCUACAACAGAACGCUGCUGAAAGUCAGUUGUCGGAUACCAUUGAAAUGAAUGGAGAUAUGAAGAAAAAAAGGAAGAAGGGUCCUUUGACUAAGGAAAAGAGAGCUAAAAAGAAGAAAAAAGAGAGAAUCAAACGAGCAGAAAAGAACAUAAAACUUGGGGUUAAAAGAUUAAAGCUGCCUCCAAUUACAAAAAAGAAGAAGAUAGCGUAUUGCCGACAUUACCUUCAAGGAAGAUGCCGUGAGGGUGAGAAAUGCAAAUUCUCGCAUGAUGCAGUUCCCUUGACAAAGUCUAAGCCAUGUGGUCAUUAUGCCCGUCAUUCCUGCAUGAAAGGAGAUGACUGUCCUUUUGACCAUGAUCUCUCUAAGUACCCAUGCAACAACUAUGCUACACAGGGUUUUUGCAGUAGAGGAUCUGACUGCUUGUUCUCACAUGAGAUACCAGCCAAUCAGAAUCUCUCUGCAGCACCAAACACCUCCAAACCUGAGUGCACUUCUGUGCAGCGUACUGUGUUGAUAAAGGAAGGAUCCACAGCAUCAAAGCUCCCCAUGCCUGCAGUGAAGUUGCCGUCAUCACUGGAAAACUCAGACUGUAGCAAGAUAGCCAAUAAGCAUGGCUUGUUUAGUCAGAAACUUGAUACUAAAUUAUUUUCUGCUGAGAACUCCCUGCAUCAGAGUAUUGGACCGGCCUCAAAAACUACUGGGAAAGUACCCAAAGGAGUAAGCUUCCAUUUGAAUGAAGAGAUCUCAUGUUGUGAAAGCAGUGGUAUCAAACAAGGCGGAUCAACUUUGAAAACAAGUGUUGGUGGUAGUGAAACAGCCAAAGGUUCCAUAAGUGCUGAUAAGAUGAAUGAGUUGCCUGAGAGAGCAGUUUUGAAGAAACCAAGGGGAUUAAAUUUUCUCUCCUUUUCCAAACCACCUGCUGAUGGUUCCACUAGUGAGAUUAUAUCGGGUUUACUUUCUAAACACAAUAUUUUGACAGGGAAAUCAGUCAUGGAAGAUGCCUGUGAAGGUAAAGUGACUGGCUCUUUUUUCGGGAGUAGUGGAACUCUUGAAGAUGUCAAUUGCCAGACAAACCAGAGUUCUCUACGCAUACAGGGUGCGAAGGAAAACAUAAAUGGAGGUGGGAUGUGUGUACAGCAAAACAUAAAUUUCUCUCCUUUCGACAAGAUUCAUUCCUAUGGUUCAAAGAAGCAAGAUACUCUUCUUUCCAGCUUUGGUGGCGCUGCAUUGUCAUUCAUUAAAGAGAGGCAAGGCAAGUCGAGCCAGCUUCCUGAAUCCACUGAAAUACCAAAAUCAUCAUAUUCCUCAAGUAGGACUGAGAGUCAAUCUGUUGGUCCGAAAGAUGCAGAUUUAAGCAGCUCUUUGAAAACAUCAUUCCUGCCAAAUACACCUAGUUUUGCAGUCCGGUCAACAUUAGCAUUUGCUGCAAAGUUCGAGCCCACAGUUAAAGUUGGUUCAUCUUUUGGUAAUGUAGGAAGCUAAAUGGGUCUCAUAUUGGUGGGUGUCGUGUAUCUUGAAAGUUGGAAAGCCAAAUCAAUAAAGGUAGGAAGAAGAUCACGCACAAGCUCUUCUUGAAUAUUUAUUCCAAUUAGGGGAGAUAAUGAGAACAAUUCCAACAUCCAUUCAAUUGAAUGCAACAACACACCAGACAGCAGGGAGGGUCAUCCCUGCCCUGUUAUUCUUAAUUAAAAGUUUUUUACAGCAGGGGUAUCAAUCAUGUUUGGUCUGUCUGUCUUGAAAUGAUAAUUGGAUUAUGUGGUGAAUGGGAAGAAAAUGAGAGAGAAUCAUGAUGGAUGGAUGCAACAGGUGCGCUCCAGUAAUGCUUUUUUAUAUGGAAACAAAUUCUUUCAAUCAACUUAUUAUUAAUGUUAUUUUCUUUUUUUCCCCUUAAUAUAUGAGUGAAUAUUGUUUUGUUAUAUGAUGUUUUCAAUAUUGUUGGUGGGAUGGGGAGAGGGAUAUUUUGCCUACCCCUACUGUUGCCGUCUGCUGCGGCCGUCUUCUCUCAACUGAUCAUCUGCGUAUAGAUUCAAUAUUGGAUUGAAAAUAAUGUAUCAUUCUCAACAUGGAGGUCUACGCCAGAGACAUGUAGAAUUUUUUAUGUAAUGGAACAUAUUAUUGAGAGCACACUUCCAGAAGCAUUUAGAUUUUGGCAACCCAGUGCUGAGGUAAAGUUUAGGCCUUUUGACAUUCUUGAUAAGCAUAUGGGAAGUCUUUCGUGCUGCAUCUACGCUUGAGCGAGCACCUAUUGGCGAAUGUAGUACAUAGGAUAUGAGAAAGAACUCUUGCAUCCAAUUGAGCGAGGGUCUUGCGGUGGAGAACUUAACUUGUCCGUGCUCUUCUAUUUCAGGUAACAAACCUGACUCUGCAACAUUCAGUAAUUUCUGUUCAGAAGCUACAAUUAGAUAUUGAAGAGGCAAUGCUUUAGAGAGCUAUAAUAAUGCUUAAUGGAGAUGGAGAAUUUCAAUUAUCAAGGCUCUAAAAAAAUGAUGCCCAAUGCAUGUACGGUCUUGUUCACGACGCCAUUGCUGUUCAAGAACAUCGUCAUACUGAUGAGCAGAGCCGACGGGAAAGGGAUCGAAGUGUAGGUUAACAUGCUUGAAGACGACGACGACUUGAAAACACUGGAAACCAAGUAGUGUGCACAACACCAACACGGCCGUGUUUGGUUUGAAGUCCAUAUCAGCAGCCAACUGAAUUUUAUACAACUUUGUAUGCAUAGCCUAAAAAGCCUAUUCAUAAUAGUUUUGAUUUGAAUUUUGAUUUAGAUAGCAUUAUAAUGCAAUAUUAAUAUAUUUUUAU